AUGGCCUUCUUACAAUUAGCAUCCGAAGUUUCUCAACCAUUCGUUAUCCCAAGCUUGUCACCAGUUACUCCACAACCUUCAAGAAAAAACUCCACUAACAUAGCGAGUGCAACUACUACUCCAAUUGUUCGUUCAAGAAACAACUCAAUGUCUCUUUUAUGA